CUUAGUUAAUUUGAAUCAAUCAACAAAACUCGGUCCGCAGUGUUUUCAAAGGGUUGGCGAGUUUCUCUCCCCAACUUACGCCUGCAACCAGGCCUUGGGCUUCAAUCGCUCUUAUAUUACCUCUAAUCCAAUUUUAUUUAAUCUAAUGUAAUUUUUGCUUCGAUCAACACAACUUCUGCCUUUUUCUCUGAUCACCAGAUUUAUAAUUCAGGCCUUUUCUUCAUCUUGAUUCCUUUAUUUUGCAGUUUUCUCAAUUAGGUUAAUUGAUAUUGAUAUAUGAUUAGAAAAUGGAGCAUUUGCCUGUUGAGGUAGUUGGAAACAUACUGUCUUGCCUUGGGACUGCUAGGGAUGUGGUGAUUGCAUCUGCAACAUGUAAAAAAUGGAGGGAAGCGUUUAGUAGCCACCUCCAUUCUCUCUCAUUCAAUUCCGAUGAUUGGCCUCUGUACCGCGAUUUAUCGCCUUGUCAAUUGGAGAUGUUAAUUACACAAACUAUUUUCCAAACUUGUGGUUUGCAAGGCUUGACAAUCUUAAUGGAUGAUGUACACGAGUUUUCAGCUUCAACUGUUAUUGCUUGGCUUAUGUAUACUAGGGAAAGUUUGAGAAGGUUGCAUUACAAUGUUAGAACAAGUCCUAAUCUUAACAUUCUUGAUAUUUGUGGGAGACAUAAAUUGGAAAUGUUGGUUUUGGCUCAUAAUACUAUUACAGGAGUUGAACCUAAUUACCAAAGGUUUUCUUGCCUAACUUCCUUAUCCUUGAGUUAUGUUAGUAUUUCAGCAUUGGAUUUGAGCCUUCUCUUGAUUGCAUGCCCGAAGAUUGAGACUUUAUCCCUUAUUAAUCUUGAGAUUUCCAUGUCUGAUGUGCAAGCAAAUAUACGAUUGAGUUGUCCUACGCUUAAAACUAUUUACGUUGAAGCCAUUAGUUUGGACAAGUUCGUUUUAGACGCCGAUUCACUUGAGGAUAUGCAUUUGAAAGAAUGUGCCCUAGAGCAAUGUAUUUUUUAUGGGAAAGGAACUUUGAAGCGUUUAAAGAUUGAUGAUGUUAGUGUUAUAAAUCUUGACAUUGGUGAAGCAGUUGAAUCUCUUGAAGUUGUUGAUGUUAGCAACUUCACAAUCAUCUGGCCGAGGUUCUAUCAAAUGAUCUCUGGGUCAUCGAAUCUAAAAGUUCUUCGACUUUGGGAUGUGGUGUUUGAAGAUGAAGAUGACAUUGUCGAUUUAGAAAAUAUUGAAAUUUGCUUCCCGAAUUUGAGGCAUCUUUCAUUGAGUAACGAUUUAAGAAAUGGUGUGAUUCAUUAUGGUUUGGAGGGUUCUUAUCAACUGCACAAUGUAGUUGUACUCGAAGUUGGUUGGAAUGUCAUCAGUGAUGUUUUUUCUCAAUGGGUUGAAGAGCUUUUGGAAAAAUGCCCUAACCUUGAGAAGCUGAUUAUUCAUGGAACUGUUUCUGAUUCCAAAACAUAUGAAGAAUGCCAAAUAUUGGCCAAUUUUACUUCCUCCAUUGUUCGUCUGAUGCGGCAGUAUAUGCACGUAAAUGUGCAGUUUGAAUAUGAGUAAGGGCAGCAAUAUCUUUUUGUAGAUCCUCAAAAUUUUGGUAUGCCAAAUUUAGGUUUUCAUUAUUUUUAAUUGUUAGUUAAUCAUCAGUUACUUUGUGAAUGAUAUUGAUGGGAUUUUCCUUUUGUUGGAUACAAUUAAGGAUUUGAGCUGGUAGGGCUUGUCUGCCCUUUUUGUGCAAUAUUCACUCAGUUGAUAUGCUUCUAUAGUUCCAUGUUUGAUUUAUUUCAUGUUUGUUCCUUUUCCUUGCAUAUAUCCAUUUUUUAUAAUUUUUCUCUUC